AUGUCGCCCGCAUCUGCACGCGCUAUCGCCAGCUCAUCACGAGCAGCUGUUCGAGCGAUCGUCACCCCUACACCCACUUUGGCUCGGCACUACGCCUCCUCUCCAUCCUCCACCCCUAAUCCCGACUUCGUCCUCCCCUCCAUCCACCUCGGUCCCACCCAUGCAUCCCGCUACCAUGCACACUAUGACCAGACCCUCGCCUCCGACCUCCUCUACAUGACGUACAAUCAUCGCCUCUCCUCUACUCCCACACCCCCUCCUCCACCUCCCACCGCAUCCCUCAAAACAGCAUACGAGCUGAACCGCCCUACUCCCCUUCCUCGCGGAAACCGUCCCGCCCGUCCCGCCGCCAAGGCGCUCUCGGCUAGCACUGUCCCCCGUCUCGAGUCCAUCGUCGUACACACCAUGGUCAAGGAAGCUAUCGGCAACAAGCAGGCAUUAUUGUCGGCCAUCAUGGCGCUCCGGGCUAUUUCUGGGGAGACGGAGGAAGGAGAUGGGCGGAGCGGAUCGACCGGCGUGCAAGUCAUCGUUUCCAAAUCAGGAGCUGCGGCCUUCAAGCUGCGAGCGGGGAUGCCGGUCGCCGCGCAGGUGGAGUUGAAGGGAGAGGCGAUGUACGAUUUCAUCCAGUCUUUGGUGGACUUUGUUCUCCCCCGGCUCAGGGAGUUCCCGGGCUUUGCCAUCCCCCUCGCAUCGGCGUCCAAGACAUCUCCUUCGGCGGUCGGCGGCGUAGUCAGCGUCGGUCUCCCACAUACCGCCAUGGGGCUUUUCCCGCAGAUCGAGGCCAACCUGGACAGCUAUCCCAAGCUCCACGGUUUCCACAUGGUGUUCAAGACGAAUCAGAAGGGAGAGAGGGCGCAGGAGAAUGCGAGGGCGUUGUUGAGCGGGUUCAGAAUACCAUUCUACAAGAGAUGA